AUGGGUAUCAUUUUAAAUAUAUAUAUUUUCUUUAUUUAUCUAAUUUAUGUAAGAUCACAUUUUAGCCAACCUACUAGUAGUGAAUAUGAAGGGUACUCUGAAAUAUGUGAAAAGGCAAGGAAUGCAAAUGAAUCGAGUGUAUACUGCAUGAAAGAUUAUAAGAGGAAUAGUUCAAAAUAUAUGUAUAAACAUAUUAUGAGAAUGUUUAUUGAAAAACAUAAUUUAAAUGAUAAUAAAAUAGCAUUAAUAGAACAUGAAUGUGGGGAACCUCAAAAUUAUAUGACAUAUGAUACAUUUUUAAGAAAGAUAUUAUCGUUUAAUAAUUCUUUGAAUAAAUAUGAUGGAAUUAACAUUCCAGAAAAAAUAUAUAACGAAGAAAUGAAUAAUGGGAAAUUUAAACUAUUAGGUUUAUAUGGUAGUAAUUCUAUAAAUUGGUUAGUUGCUGAUUUGGGUGCUAUGCUUAGUGGCGUUACUACAUUAGUGAUGCAUUCGAAAUUUAGUAUGGAUGUAAUAGUAGGUAUAUUAAAUGAAACAAAAUUAGAAUGGUUAUGUUUAGAUUUAGAUUUGGUGGAAGGUUUAAUGGAACGUAUAAAUGAAUUGCCACACUUGAAGAAUCUUAUCAUAUUAGAUACUGUAGCUAAACAAGGUAUAAUAAAUUCAACUAUUGAAAAAAAUAAAAACAUUAAUUUAAAAGGGAAUGGAAAUUUAAACAAUAUGAAUAAUAAAAAAGGAAAUGAUUUAUCGAAAAAUUUGGAGGAUGUACGUUUGGGUCCUAUAAAAUAUGAUAAAGAAAAAUUAGAAAAGUUUAAAUCUUUAAAAGAAAGAUAUCAUAAAUAUUUGGAAAAAUUUUUAUUACUUGAUGAUGUGAUAAAUAAUGAAAAUACGAAUUUUAAAAUUAAAAAUGAGGAUCCUAAUUUUGUUACUUCUAUUGUGUAUACAUCUGGAUCAUCUGGAAUGCCAAAGGGAGCUAUGUUGAGCAAUAAAAAUUUAUAUAAUCAGUUAUAUUCUUUAUAUAAUCAUAGUGUAAGAAAAACAUAUAAUCUUCAAUAUCAUUUAUCUUAUUUACCAAUAUCACAUGUAUUUGAAAGAACAAUUGCAUAUAGCAUUAUAUUUCUUCGUGGAACAGUGCAUAUAUGGAGUAAGAAUCUUAAUUAUUUUUCGAAAGAUAUACUUAAUUCAAACAGUGUUAUAAUGACAGGAGUACCUAAGGUUUUUAGUAGAAUUUAUACGAAUAUUAUGACAGAAAUUAAUAAUUUGUCACCUUUUAAGAGAUGCAUUAUAAAAAAAAUUAUAUCCCUAAAAAAAUCUAAUAAAAAAAGAUGGUUAGUUAAUUUUCUUGAAAAUCUGUUUCAUAUAUCGAGCAAAAUAAAAGAGAAAGUUAACCCGAAUUUAGAAAUUAUAUUAAAUGGUGGUGGAAAAUUAUCACCAGAUGUUGCCAGUGAAUUAUGUAAUUUACUAAAUAUAAAAUAUUGUCAAGGUUAUGGUUUAACCGAAACUGGUGGUGCUAUUUUUGGUAAACAUGUAGAAGAUUUAAAUUUUGAAUGUAUAGGAGGGCCUAUUUGUCCAAAUACAAAAUAUAAAGUAAGAUCAUGGGAAACGUAUAAAGCUACGGAUACAUUACCAAAAGGUGAAUUGUUAAUUAAAAGUGACUCUAUAUUUAGAGGAUACUUUUUAGAAAAAGAAUAUACCAAAAAUGCCUUUACAAAUGAUGGUUAUUUUAAAACAGGAGAUGUUGUUCAAAUUAAUAAAAAUGGUACUUUAACAUUUUUAGACAGAUCAAAGGGUUUGGUUAAAUUGUCUCAAGGUGAAUACAUAGAAACAGAUUUAUUGAAUAAUCUCUAUUCGCAAAUUAGUUUUAUAAAUAAUUGUGUUGUAUAUGGUGACGAUUCAAUGGAUGGUCCACUAGCCAUAAUUUCAGUGGAUAAAUAUUUACUUUUUUUAAGUUUAAAAGAUGAUAAUAUGUUAGAAAUGACUGGAGUUAAUGAACAAAAUUAUUUAGAUAAACUAACUGAUGAUAAUAUAAAUAAUAAUAUUUUUCUUGAUUAUGUUAAAGAAAAAAUGUUAGAAGUUUAUAAGGAAACAAAUUUAAAUAGAUACAAUAUUAUUAAUAACAUAUAUUUAACUUCAAAAGUUUGGGACACAAAUAAUUACCUAACUCCAACAUUUAAGGUUAAAAGAUUUUAUGUAUUUAAAGAUUAUGCAUUUUUCAUUAGUCAGGUUAAAGAAAUAUAUAAUAAUAAAUUAAAAGGAUGUGCUCCUAUUAGUGUGAAUAGUGAAAACAAGGACGAAGAAAAAAAAAAUGAUAGCAAAAAAAAGGAAGAAAAAGAUUCAGAAAAAUUAUCAAAUGAGUCUACUUCAAAUCAAAAUAAAAACGAUAUGGGAAAACAUGAAAAAUAUGUUGAAAAUAAAAAGGUCAAAUUGGGAGCUACAUAUGGAACACGUCAAAAAGAAAUGAAUAAAUGA